AUGGAGUGGCAGCCUCGACGGUUGGCAGCACAUCCAUCACAACCUGGGAUGCAGUAUUCUGGUCCAUCCUACUGGACCCCUGGGCAGUAUGCGCAGCCUUGGCAUUUUGCACCUCCUGCGCAGUUUGGAACACCUUGGGGGCAGAUGCAGGAUUGGCAUCCAGCAGCACCUUCUGCGCAGUUUGAGCAGUCUUCGCAUGUAGCAGCACCUUCUGACCAGCUGCGACAGGAACGAGUGCUUGACGAAUCAUUUUGUUUAAUUGAUAACGACGGAAAACUGAGGCCUUUAUCAAGUGUCAGCGAGAUCAGCGGUAAGAACUAUGAACAGAUGAUCUUCAAUAUUUGUUGCAGUGGUGGUCCUCGGAUCCUUUGGGCACUCGACCAUCAACAAGAGAAGGAACGAGCUCGUUUGGACAAAUGCAAGAACGCUGUUGCAGAUUUCCUAAGCCCUUAUGUCAGGGCAGAAAUGAGAGCAACAGGAGGUGUCGGGGAGAUGAAUGCCGAAAUUGACGCAUUCUACAAUGGUUCUUUCAAGGACUUUGCUGAACACAUCAACGACCUAGUCACAGUCACAGAAGAGGCUACUUGCGCAAACGUGACGCAGGUUCUUGUGGAAGUUUGUUCCGACAGCCGCUUCGUUGCAAAGAAGCUUUACCAAAUCGAGUUCCAAACUUGUCUCGUUCAGCGACGAGGAUUCUUGGUGGGAGACGACACGCGUAAGCUGGAACCAGUUCAACUUGAUGUGGACAAAACAGGCUAUGCGAUUGUUUACAACCGCGCAGCGAUGCAAAUCGAAACAGCAAAGCUGGCUGCAAGCCUUGGCCUUAUCAAUGUGUUGAACCUGCUCGAAGAGCAGAAACUGCACAUUGUCUUCUUUCAACCAGAGGCUGUGCUGCCUGCAGCAUUGCGCAAGGCAAGGCAGGCAGCAGAGAAGGCAGAAAUGGCACUACAACGGGUGCAAGGCAUGGGAACAGGUCCUCCAGCAACUGCUGCCACAGUUGCCACUCGCAUCACUUGGGUGCGGCAGCUCGUACUCGACAAGCCCCGCGGCCGGGCUUCUGUGGCAAUAGAAGAGCUGCCCUGCCUCCCGCCCCAACGAACUAGGCAUCCCCCAGUACAGCAGCGCAGGCAUGUAAGGCACGGUUUGGGGGUGACGAGCGCCCGUGGCGUGGCAUGA